AGUCUAGUCUGGCUGCGCGUCCACCCCCCUCUGCAGCCGGAUAAAUCCAAACACCGUGUUUGCUAACGUGUGGUCAGACUCAUCAACAGCAUUAGCUCAUCAGUUAGUUGGGGCAGAGCAAGUCGCAGCUAUCGAAAUUGCCUUACUUGCCACCCAUACUCGAUUGAAGGAGGCGACAAGCAUGUUUUGUUCAGGCGCUCGCGGCCAUUACGCCCGAUGUAAUUGACAUAACAGAUUAACAGCACAAACUUGAAACACUGCUUAUCAGCUUGCGCGAAGUGGCAGCAGCCUGUCGCAGGCUCAAUCAAGCGAGAUCAAUCGCCGCGCCGACUUCGGUCAUGCAUGCUUUGCAUUGCCUUAUGCUCCAUGAGCUGACACGGCGAAUGUCAAGGCCAUAUGUAUAUAUGAUACAGGGAUCCACGUUCAGACUCAUGGCAUCACAUUCACUAAACAGGCAGGCGGGCGGCGGGCGGUCGGGCGGCGGGCGACCUCGUGGCGGGUGACUACGACAGCCCGCCGCCCGCCACGAGGUCGCAAGCAAUAAAUAAGGGAUGCUUCCUCGCUCAGCUAAUGUGAAAAUAGACAACUUAUUGAUACUCAAUACAGCUUGAAUGUAAAACGAGUAGGCUGCAAUGCGAAGCCAACGCUUAACACUUUGGCUAUUAGCCGUGAGCGCUGCGGUUCAGGCCCUAUCAGUCGCUAAUGGUUUCGAGUGCGCCCCGCCUGCUCUCGUGGGCACCUACAACGCCGUCGUGCUGAUUGCCGCUGAAGCGCUGAACGUCACUGAGCAGCGCCAGCAAGGACCCAAUGGCACCGUGGUAGUCACCAGAACGACAGAACAGGCCCGAGGCUCUGAGGGCGUUUUCAUGAACUUGCAGCCAACUUACAGCCUAAAAAGCUGCAAUAAAUCCAGUGGCUCGUCGCAAUACGGACUUCGCAUUCGAGUUCAAGGCUGCAACGCUUUCAGCAGCGGCCGCACCACGCCCGCAUCGCCCGACGCUUGCACCGCUAGCGCCGGUUGCAGCAGGAACGCAACGGCCUGCCCGCGCAACUGCUUGACGGACAUAAUGGAGGCUGUGGAGGCAACUUACAGCCUUGAUGUUGAAGGAGGGUUGCUGACUGACAGCAUCCAGCUGACGCUGCUGUCCAGUGAGAACAGCGCCAGUGGUAGCAGCAGCAGUAGCAGUAGCAGCAGCGGCAACUUGACGGCCAAGGUCGCGGCGUGCUUCAGGGUGAACACAACCGCCGCCAUAGAUAAGCAGGUCGGUUCGCUGCAGCGCGUCUUCAACAUGCUGGCACGGCAAUCACAUGCCAGGUUUGGGAACGUGUCAGAGCAGGUCCCGGUGCCCGUAAACGCAUUGGUGACGCCCAAAAACACUAAUGACCAAGAUGAGGACAUCAGCAGCCAGACUACUACCAAAUUUUCGCCGCCAUCCCCGUCCCCCCCACCCCCGUCUCCUCCGUCACCCGAACCCCACCCCAAUUCGCAGCCCAUGACGUCUGACUCGCUCUACGUGUUCAACUCCGAAUCUACCCUCUCUGAGCCUCGGCCCGAUGGCACACAGAUUCUGACAGAAAAGCGCUUCCUUGUGCCUACUGACGAGAUCUUUGAGGCCAUGGAUGGUGGAUCCUUCGAUAUUCCAGCAGGCGGCGCCUCUCGUUCGCUUGUGUCCCCAAGCGGCGCGGUCACAGCCCGUGCGGAUCUGACUGUGACAGAGUUUCUCGCGCCCGCUUCUGCUACCAAUGCCAACAUGACGGGCAAUCAGACACAGUCCAGCCGGCAGCACGGGAACUCUACCCUGGCUAGCGCGUUUCCAGGCAACACUAGCAGCAACAGCUCCCAGGAGGCAGCUGCAGGAAGCAGCAGUUUUCCAGCAUCUGCGUCUGCGGUCAUCACCCGCACCCGCGUACUUGUGACACUCUACAAGCUACCGAGCGCAAAUGUAGCAGGCGGCGCAGAUGAAGGCGAAAAUGAGGGAACGAAUCCGGGCGCCUUGUUGUCCACUGCCAAAGACAUGGCUGCUUCCCUGUCCAAGCUCACUAUUGACGCCAUCUAUCCGGGUAGAUCCUAUAGCUCGUAUAUUUCAGGUUGGAAGGGCCAGCUCGAGGAGAACCUACGACGCAGGCGCCGUAUGGCGCUGCAGACAGCAGAUGUAUCCAAUUUGAGUGAUGACGGUCCCUCAAGGAAUACCACCAGCUCGCUAGCCCGCCGCCGUCGCUUGCUGUACUGGAACAAGGUCAAUAUGUUUGACCAGUACCGGUCCACCACCGUCUACGGCAGGGAGUACGGUGUGGGAGUCUACGUGAAUCGGCGGCAUGGCGUUGAUCGCUGGAACUCUCGAGAGUUCGAGGUGGGCGUCGCUGUAGACGGCGGUAUUAAUGUUAAGCUCUUUGGCUACUGGUACGCCGAUGCCGCAUACUUCAGCAUUGAGGGCAGGGCAUCGCAUCGUAGGACAGACAGUGGGAAUUACUAUCAGAGCGAUGCCAAGCUCCGGCGGCAGCUUGACCUGUUGGGUUAUAGCAAGGUCAACAGCUACGACUACAACUUUGGCUACAGGAGCAACUGUGACGACUACACGAAAAAUUGGCGCGGCGCGUACUACAAGGUUUGGGAACAGACAUACAAGAUCGCUUCAGUUGGUGUAAACUGGGGCGUGCUAUCAGCAACGGUUUCCCUCAUGGCAGCACCUUCCCUGCUCGCUGCGUUCGGUGGCUGUGACCUUUACGGCAGGUCUACCCUUGCGGGAGGCUUGGGUGCCGCAGGUUCACUUUAUGCAACAGCAAGCGGUGGUGUGGAUGUCGUUCUCGCAUCAGUCUCAAUCGACGCAGACAUCACCAUCAUUGAGCCUUCCAUUACCGGUUCCCUGAUGUACACGCACAAUCAUCUGCUUUACGGUUAUUCGUUCACCCCAUCGUGUGCUGCCGCCACACUGGGCCUAACCUCUCUCAAAGCUCACGUACACUGGACGAAACGGUGGUGGUCUUGGUUUGAGUGGAAAGAGGAUACCAAAACGCUGGCUGAGACAGACGGUGUAUAUUUCGGCACAGAUUUCAUUACCUGUGACUGGGAUCUUAUUUACUACUCGGACAGAGCAGCUAUUGCUGCCUUCACACCACCGCCGCCCCCGCUGCCCUCACCACCACCGCCCUCACCCUCGCCACCACCGCCCCCACCCUCGCCACCACCGCCUCCUUCACCGCCGCCACCACCGCCUGCACCCAUGGCUAAUAGCAACGCCCGGCUGACGCUCACGACUUCGUGGGCAUGCCCUCUCUGCAGCACCUGGGGUGUCAAGUCAUCGACUGGGAUGGACUUUGACCUGCUUGUUUCGUGGACAGUUGGUUCGGCAACCUACGCUGUAAGCUACGGCAUGACAGCAGGCGACGGCUACUCGGUUUACGGUGGAGACAACAGUGUAUUCCUUUCCUCCUAUGAGUAUGUCACGUGGCCGGCUGGUGGCCCGCCAUUGGCAUAUGUCACCUACCACUUAUGCCUUAGGGACUACACUGGCGGGAUUGCUGGCCUGAACUACUUCCAGAUCCGCGCCUGGGCAACCAUGAACGGGCAGGAUUUUCCGAUCAACUACGGCAGCAAUGUAGGAUGGUGGUCCACCUACAACACAAACUAUAUGUACUACAGCAGUGUCAUCCCCAGGCCAGCUGGGAGCGCUUGUACUCCAGGCAUGACAGGGUACGUGGGAAGCUUCAAGAUCAAUGCGCCCCCACCACCACCCUUGCCGCCCUCGCCACGCCCGCCCUCCCCGCAUCCCCCCUCCCCGCGUCCUCCCUCCCCACGCCCGCCUUUCCCGUCACCCAAUCCACCGUCUCCACGCCCUCCUUCGCCUCGACCACCCUCACCAUCCCCGCCAACCCCACCUUCGCCCCGGCCGCCAUCACCCAAGCCACCCAGCCCGCCUUCCCCCAAGCCCCCAUCCCCCCGUCCUCCAUCCCCUAUCCCUCCUUCGCCUAAGCCGCCCAUGCCUCCAUCGCCCCGGCCCCCCUCACCGAUGCCACCCAGCCCUCCAUCCCCCCGGCCACCAUCACCCAAGCCGCCAGCUCCACCGUCCCCACGUCCGCCUUCACCCGCUCCUCCGUCUCCCAAGCCCCCUUCACCAAAGCCACCGUCGCCCGCUCCCCCAUCCCCCAAGCCCCCGUCACCCAAGCCGCCGUCUCCCGCUCCCCCGUCUCCGAAGCCACCUUCACCAAAGCCACCGUCUCCCCUCCCACCUUCACCAAAGCCACCGUCUCCCCUCCCACCGUCACCAAAGCCACCAUCUCCUAAGCCACCAACCCCACCAGUUCCGCCAUCACCAGCGCCGCCGCCCGCUGCGCCCAAGCUCAGCGUCCGCACUGAGUGGUCACGGGACGGCGUGCCUCAGCCGACAGCUAACUUCGACCUCAAGAUGGCGUGGGUGACGUCCUCUUCCGCAAAGUACACCAUCAACACCAAGAACAGCUCCCCUGUGCGCGGCGCCAGUCACAGCGGCAACAACACCCGCUUCAACCGAAACUACGAAGGAGUGACCUGGCCUUCAAACGCCACUGUCGACAAGGGCAUAUACUAUGUCUGCAUCGCGUGGACACCGACUGAGAUUAACGAAUACAACAACUACGAACUGUUGACAACCAUUCGCAUUGAUGGCGCGCUGGUGUCAAAGGCCACCAACUAUUGGUACAACUUCGAUAGCACGGACGAGCUGGCAACAGCGUGCUCUGAUUAUGCUUCGGGUUACCUCAUGUACUUCAACUACCCGCCCGCGCCACGGCUGCGCUUCAAGGUUGAGUGGUAUGCUGCAUUCGGAGACCUGACGCCGGGCACCGACAUGGACAUCGUCGUUCGCUGGUAUGACAAGACGGCCGGUACCUACCGAGACAUUGGCCACUACAACCAGCGUGCCGGCGGCGGCCAGUACGGAGGCGAAAACAGUGUCGCGAAAGUUAAUUAUGAGGAGGUGUUUUGGCCCGCAACCACCGUCACAUCCAUCCCAGAUGACACCUGGUUUGAUAUCUGUGUGGUUUGGUACACGACCGAGUCGCUGUACGCCAGGUACAGCGUUGAGGAGGAUGGCGUGUAUGCGGACGGCAGCUCCUGGGAUGUAUGGGUGGAUACCUCGCUCAGCCGGCCCACGGAGGCAUGUGCGCCUGGCGUCGCCGGCUACCUAGGCUCGUACCACUAUAACGCGCCGGAUUGGCUUCGAAACUCGGGGUCCGCAUCAGUCGCUUCCGCUGAUGACUCCGCAGAUGCCGAGGACGCAACGCCGCCUCCACCAGCAAAGCGCAGUGACGCCCCCAUUGACCGCGUGCCCACCACUACCUACCUGCUGAACAAGCCUUCUAUCAGUGGCAGCAGCAGCGUCAGCACGCCUCAACCGUCACCUGUGGCCGCGCAGGCAGGGCAGCUGCAGUCUGCCCUUUCGCCACCGUCACCGCUUCCCCCCGCCCCUCGGCCGCCACUGCCCGCACCCUCGCCUCAAGCCACCGCCGCAACCACCACCCGCACAUCAACUGCCCGGCAGGAUGACGGCACGCUAACGCCGUCGGCUGCAGCGCCCGCCAGCACCCCACAGCCGGCCGCCACUGGCAGUACUGCCGAUGUGGUCAGUUCUCAGCGAGACACACCUGCGGACCUGCCGCAACCUUCAACUGGCCAGCCGCAGGCGGGCGUGUCAGACACUGUCGCCGCCAGGCCGCAGUCGGAUGGCAGCGCAGGCAUUAGCAGCGGAGCUCCUUCCGUGGGGGCUACUGCAGGGCCAAUCCCAGCACCGCAGCAGCAGGGGGGCGCCGGUAGCACACAGGGUACUGCGCUUCGAGUGAUCAUCCCCAGUGUGGUUUUGAGUUGCGUGGUGGGAGUUGUGGUCAUUGGCGCGGUGAUGGUGGUGUGGCGGCGCAAGUCCCUAGCGCAUUCAGACGGCCGGGUGGUGCCAAUCUAGAUGCACGCGUGACCGCUGUGUGUCCCACGAGUUAUUCAUGAUGCGUAAAUUACAUUUACAACGCAUGCAGCCGCUUUGGUUGCUGGCUGCUCAAUGAUCGGCUCAUUUAUGGAAACAUGACGCAUGGCGUUAUUGAUGUAUGUUGCAAUCAGGUUCCCCAACGUCAGGCAAGACCCUGGGCAAUACUGCUGCAGCCACCGGCUGCAGCAUUGAGGCUGCAGUAGCAGGCUGCAGCAUGAGAGUGCGUCACCUAGCACUGUCCCAAUCAUUCAUCUCCAGUGCGGGUUGAGUUCAUCACGUGUUCCGGCAGGAACAGGUACGAGAUAGCCUUCGUGCAGCUGUUAUAGGCGUUGCGUAGCAAACAGGCCAUGGACAAUGAUUCAUCCAGAUGUAUCACCUUGAGGUGAGGAAAGUUUACUGCAAUGCCAAAGAUGCGGCCUGAACUUGAUUGUGUGUGCGCUUUAUUGGUGUAGGGCGUGCGUGUAAUGCAACGGGGCGUGUUUUGAUUGUGGAUGUAUAACACGUUGCACGUCUUCAUGUUAUUAUCAGAGGCACGCUGCGUGCUGCAGUUCGCUGGGGCGGCGUUCCAGUUCCCUACUUCAAAGUUCGCACAGUUUUGACGGCUUUGAGGCUUUUAAGCAAGUGAACC